GGAGUUUUAGCGUAUUAAGUCCAUGAAUACAGUGCAAGUAUUAUCGUUAUCGCUAAUACGAUAACGGUGGCUAAACGCCACAUGGAGGUACUUACCAGCCCCCAAUUAGCGUACCUUCACAUAACCUGUACAUGUACUCCCUCUAAAGCAUCGUCCACAACCUUGGAACUUCCCCCUUGUUGAAUACAAUGCUUGAUAUCCCUUUUUGGUCUAAUCAUGGACUGAGACGCAAUUAACUGGAAGUUACGAAUUUCAUAAGCUUGCUGUGAAUAACUUCAACGCCUGCUAUUCAAAUCACAACCAUUCAUAUAGUACAAAAGAAAAUGCUGGUGUCAUCAAAACUCGAAGGUGAUGGUCUUGAUGAGUGAGGCCGCGACGCUUUUUAAGGAAGGAUACUUUGAAAUACCUAUAUACGGCCCGUAUUCAGUAUCGUAGGCUGCAGCCUAUCAACUCGGCCAUUUUAUUCAGCUGCCCGGUACCCUGUGAGAAAUUGACCAGUCAUAUUCUUUCACAAUGGCGGAUCCUCGCAUAACGGCGGAUGGGAUGCCUAGUGACGACGUUGAUAUGGGGGGCACGGACAUGCAUUCUGGCAAUGGGUUUGGUGGUGACAUCGCCAACGCCAACGGAAACGGAGACGCGCAUACAAAAUCGGAGCAACAUUUAGAACAAACAAAACACGGCCAAUCCAAAUCGGAUUCAGAAGAGAAACAACCACCCUCCUCUUCCCCAACACAAGGAGAUUCGAAUAGGAUGAAGGGAAAAAAGAAAGGCACAGCCGCCAAGAAAGGACCCAAAAAGGCCAGGGCUUCUAAGCCAAAGCUGAAUUCGAAGAAGGAUGCAUCUUCCAACGGUGCUGCUCAAGACCAAAGCUCAGAUGACGAAACCGACAAUGGUCCGUACUGUAUCUGCCGCGGACCAGACGAUCACAGAUGGAUGAUAAGUUGCGACGUCUGCGAAGACUGGUUCCAUGGCGAGUGCGUCCACCUCGACAAGGAGGUUGGUGAGAAGCUAGUAGAGCGCUUUGUUUGCCCUAACUGUACGGAUGGGAUUCGAAACUACACCAAGUACAAGAAGACUUGUUCCCUGGAGGGCUGCAGAAAUGCGGCUCGAUUAUACACUAAAUCGACAAAAGAGCGAAGUGUUUUCUGCUGCAACGACCACUGUGACACAUGGUGGAUCUCCAUGAUCAGCACUCUACCUACCAAAGCUGCCUCGGCGAAGGCCAUAGAAGUUCUUACCCAGGGAGAUUUCGUCGGUCUUCUCACCAACACAGCUGAACAAGGUGGUUGGAAAUUAGGUGACAAGCCCUUUGGUAACAUACAGAGUCUUUGGUCUAACGGACUUCCGACCCAGGAAGGCGUUCUCAGUGAGGAAGAACAGACCUUCCUAAAGAACUCCGCGGCUGAACGCCUAGCCCUCGGCAACGAGAUCGUGCAGUACAAGAAGAUGAUGCAGCUCAUAGAUUGGGCCAAUCAUCGCCGACAGCUCGCCAUCGAAGCCGGCAAAUUUACUAAAGAGAGCUGCGGUUACGACUGGCGACUUGACACUGUCUCCGUCCGCCACCAAUUUGGAGAGUGGCUCGAGACCCCCGAAGGCCAAGCUACUUUUAAGGCCGGCAAGCUUGACACCCCUCUUGACCCCAAUCUCCAGGGAGACUCGGCUACUCGCGGCAUGUGCGAGAAAAAGCGCUGUAAGCCCCACAACGGAUGGUAUAAAUUACUCAUGAGUGCAGUACGAAUCCUAAUCAAGGAGACGGCGACUGCCGCGGCAGAUAAGUUGAAUGCAGAGGACGACAUGCGACAAGCGGCCGAAGCGCGAUUCGAACGACGCCAGAUCGAAAAAAAUUCGGUGGAAUACUUGGAUGGAUAAAAUCGAAACUGAUUGUGAGGUUGGAACGGUUGGUUGGUUGAUAAGUCCGGCCAUGGUUUAACUAUUGGCUUGAAUGAAGGAUGGAAAGUCAUUGCUCGAUAUACCCUGCUACUUGUAGGAGCUGGGUCUAGCAAAGGUUCUGUAACAUCAUUGUCCUGAUUAUGAACUAGAACUAGGAUGUUCGACUGACGUGCGAGUAUCCUGUUCUAACGUGGCUCGAUCAUUCAGUUCCUAAAAUAUUGCUUCUUUAAAUACCACACUUUUCUUGAAAGCCAGGGCCCUUUUCGGUGUAUUGGUCGACUUCUCUUUGAUAUGUUCCAAAUAUCGUGAUAUUCCAAGUGGGUUGGAUCGGGAUAUGUCGUAGGUGAUGUACGAGCGUCGUCCGACGGAUGGGAUAUGUUUUCGCAGCGAUAAUAGAGGAUCGGCUGGUCGAAUAUCAAGCCCUGCUCGGACUAAGGUAUGUUGGGAGUUGCGGCAACGAGAGAUCCCAUACUCGGAUUUCAACAGUGUCUCGUUGUGAAUGACGAAUGUCGAGAGAUGUUGACUUGUUUGGUUUCUUAGGGUUUAUUGUUAUAGGUACCUAGGUACAAUUGAUAUGCCAGAUAAUAAUAUUGUAUAAGGUACAGCCACCAUCGCGG